GAUAACUAGCAAAGCUAGUGCAUUUAAUCUUGAAAGAAAUUUUGUUGGGCAAGUGUGCUCUAGUUACCUCUAUAGUAACCCCAAGUUGAACCUCAUUGACUGCUUGGAUCAACUGUGAUGGAUACAACAUAGUCGUUUGUAAGCUGUAUUGCAAAAUUCUCUUUUGGGGAUCUUUAUUACUGGUGCAGAUUCUGCAGUACAUCUCUCGUUGACCUGGUGCCGUUGUGUUGAGACUGGCUUUCAUUGCUGGUUGAUGAAAAUGAUGAGCUAAUGUUGUUUGGUUAAAUAAUAUCCUGACAAUUGAAUUAAUAAUGGAAGUAGCUAGUGUUGUUUGGGUAUACAAUUCAUUCCAACUGAGGGCUUUGCUGUUGGCUUGGCUUUCCAGUAUAUAUAUGCUGCUGCCGGCUUAGGUAAGGCAUCAGGCUGAAUCAUCAAGAAAGAAAAAGUGAGCCACCUUGAGUGCUUUUGCUUUUGCCUUUUGCUGCAAUGGUGGGUGGGAAGGAUGGAAUAAUUAGUGGGUUAAACAAAUUAAGAUAAGCAUCAUUAGCCUUCUUCACCUCUAUUCUCUUCCAGCCAGCACCAAAGCCUGCCUUUAUGCGACUAAUUCUUGCUUCAGACCAAAGUGAUUCCCCGCUGAGUUCGCCUCCUCGAGUGUGCUUUUCACUGAUUUCCCGAAGAUAUUGUUCGCUCUAUUCUUCCUCUUCUUCACACACAGAGGAAAAGUUUGUCUUGAUCCUCUCAAGUUCGUCGUUCCUUCCCCGUUGGUCCACUGGUCACCACUGAUUGAAGUGAUCCUGUGGACUUACCGGCCCGUGUUCAGGUGUAGAAGCAGUAUGGUUUUCUGGUGGUGAUUGAACGGUAAUCUUCUAUGAGAUCGACUGAUCAUCAUAGCAAACUGAUUCUUCAAGAUUUAUGAUCACUAUUGGUUCUUACUAUUGACGGGUUUUCCUUGACCAGAGAGUGGUUUGUAAGCUUCCAAUUUCUGCUAUUCUCAGAACAAGUCACCGUGGUGGUUUGGGUUGAUCUCCCUUGCCGAGUUUGUCUGAUUGAUGGCAGCCAUACUUGAAUCGUUGCUUGGAUCAUGUGCCAGUAAGUUGCAGAAUAUCAUUACAGAUGAGGCCAUACUAAUCCUCGGGGUGGAAGAAGAGCUCAGAGAAGUCCUGCGACGAGUAGAACUGAUAAAAUGUUGCAUAUAUGAUGCUGAGAAAAGGAGGACAAAAGAGCUAGCAGUAAACAAUUGGCUUGGCCAACUGAGAGAUGUUAUAUAUGAUGUUGAUGAAAUCCUAGAUGUGGCUAGAUGUAAAGGAAGCAAGAUACUUCCUGAUGAUCCUUCUUCAUCAUCAAGCAAAUCAGCUGCAUGUACAGGCUUCUCAGUUUCCUCUUGCUUUUGUAACAUCUGGUCACGUCAUGAUGUUGCUGUUCGGAUUAGAAGCCUCAACAUAAAGAUAGAAAACAUUUCAAAGGACAAGAUAUUCUUAACGUUCAACAAUUGUACACAACCUGCUGGAAAUGGUCCAACAUCCAAACUGAUAAGAAGUUCCAACCUCGUUGAGCCCAACCUUGUGGGAAAGGAGAUCAUACGUUCUAGCAGGAGGUUGGUGGACUUAGUUCAUUCACACAAGGAAAAUAAGUCUUACAAGCUUGCUAUUGUUGGAACCGGGGGAGUUGGUAAGACAACACUAGCUCAAAAGAUAUACAAUGACAACAAAAUAAAAGGAAGCUUUAAGAUACACGCAUGGAUUUGUGUGUCGCAAGAUUACAAUCAAGUUACUCUUCUGAAAGAGGUUCUCCGUAAUAUUGGUGUGCAUCAUCA